AGACAUCUUUGUGACUGAUAGAGUGAUCCAAAAUGGAGAAAGACAAGCCUCCACAGUUGGUGACCCCCACAUCAGUGACAGCUAUCAUCUCGAAGAUUGAGGCUGCCCAGCUAACUCGAGCUCAGGAGGAUAUUUCUUCCCAGCUCUCAGACAUUUUGGACAAUGUCAACUGUGUCAUUGACCGAUUCCAGGAAGAAUUAGGAUAUGAUUUAAAAGAAAAGGCAAAAUCUCACCAGCUGGAGCAGAAGGGCAAGAACAGAUUCAUCUUGCUGGAGAAAAUAGCCUCCUUCUCCAAAGAUGCUAAGACUAAAGAGAAGCAUUUGUAUGAGAUUCUCCGCUGGCUGGGUGACUGGGGUGACAGUCUGACCUAUGAGAUCAGGAACAGGAAGAGUGAGGAAGAAGAAGAAGACCUGGAUGAAUGGAUUGAGGUGAUGGAGAAGGUGUUACCUCUGUCCCUCAUCACCACCAAAGGAGGCAUCGAGUCUCUCAUUUCCCUUUGCUCCACUCUCAUUGAAGGACAAAAGAAAAGGGCACAAAUAUCUAAACAUACCUUCUGGCAAGGCUGGCGGGAACAAAGCCCACAAAAAUCUACAUCCUACCCUCAGCCACUGAGUCCAGAGCAGAUGCUCCAGGACAAUAAAACUACCUGCACGAGGGUCUCUGAGGUGAAGUCCAUGCUACAGGAGCUCCUAGACUCCUCCAUGUUCAACCAGGGGGAGGUCAGGGCCAUCAGGUACAUGUCCACUGUGGUGGAGAACCUCAACAAAGCCUUGAUCCUCCAGCACAAAGAGAAUAGGAGCCUGCAGACCAAGUACAAGCACAUGAAAACAGAGAUGACCAAAGAACUAAGCAGCCAGAGGCUAUACUUCCAGCAAUCUCUCCAGGUCCUCGAGAGUAAGAGGGAUGCCCUACUAAAGCAAGUAGAAAUUCUAGGGGGGAAGUACCAUGAUCUUCUCCUGAUAAAGCAUGCCUUAGAGUUCCAGCUGAAGAAGGCUCAGUCUGCGAGAGAUCAAGCCAAAGACCAGGCCAAGAUCUUUGUUGACUCUCUGGGCACCCCUGAGGAAGAGACCCUGUCAAAGAAAGAACCAGUCAUGGAGGAAACCCAACAGGAACCCAAGAAGGAGGAGCAAUUGUUUUCACCACUUUCCCUAAGUCCCAUGGCCAUGGCUGGGGACAGUGGUGCUAGGUCUUCAGCAUAUCAUCCACUUUCCACCAUGACCAUGCGUUCGAGGAUCGCAGAUAUGUACAGCAGUAAGGAUGCUGAAAGUCUUCAGCCUAUGUUGCCAUCUUCGAUGGAUCACAAGUUUCCUAAGAAAUGGGAAAUACCAGUGGCAGAGAGCCUAGGCCACAAAGUCAGAGACCAGAAGGACUUCUUCCAGGAAGCAGCCCAGGAGAAAGAAAGACUCCAAAUUAAAUCCUGUUUUAGGGAGGAGCGGUCCCCAGAGAGCUCCAGGAAGGUGGCCUCGGAGCACUGGGAAGAGGAACUCAGCUGGGAGAGGCGGAGGCAGCAGUGGCUGGAGGAGGAGGAGAUGUGGCUGCAGCGGCAGAAGAAGUGGGCCCUGCUGGAGCAGGAGCACCAGGAGAAGCUGCGGCAGUGGAAGAUGGAGGAGGUGGCAAAGGAGCAGCAGCAGAGAUUGACCCAAUCUCUGCCGGAAAAGGAGGAAGGGAGCCCACGGAGGGAGACAGAGCAGCCAAGGAAGGAUGCGGAGAGGAUGAUCUUCGUGACUACCAGUCGAUGGAGGGACUUGGAGAAGGCAUCACUGGCACCUCCCCCAAGCCGGGUCCAAUCUGCACGCCAAGGCAGGAGGCCACGCUUGCCUAGGUCCCCUAAUACUCAGCAGCCCAUCCCCAGAACUCAGAGGACCAUGAGUUCAGCUGAUUUUACCCAGAAACCAUGGACCUGCCAGGUUCUCACAAAGCCCAAGAAAUCAGCCUCCGCUCCUAUCACAGGGGAAUCUGACAGAAAGGUGACCCAGCCCCCUUUGCAUAUAUCUCUGCAUAUAUCCCCGGUAAGUCUGAAGGAGAAGGUAUACCACAUGGACAUGGAUGCUCUGAGGAAGAAUCUGCAGCUCCUGAGUGAGGAUGCUGAGCGGGGGCUGCCCCACUGCCUGCGCCGGAAGGCACUGGAGCUCACCACCACCACCAUGGAGCUGAACACACUCAGACUGUGGAGCCUGUGCCAUAAGUACAUCCUCUACAGACGCUUCCAGAGCCUCCGACAAGAAGUAAUCAACCACAUACAAGCCAUGCGAGAAACGGGGACUACCUACAAGGCCCAGAAUCUCUACAUCUUCCUGGAGAACACUGACCGCCUGCAGGACCUUCGUCUGCAGGCCUUGAUGAACAAACAGAAGGAGCUGGAGGAGAAGCGCCGAGAGUGCUUGAGCAGCAUGGUGACCAUGUUCCCCAAGCUCCAACUGGAGUGGAACGUUCACCUGCACACCCCUGUAGUCACCUCCCUAAAGUCAAGGAAAAGCAAGCCGCCCCCAUCCUUACUCCAGCGUGCCUACUCCAGUGGCCUCUCCUGCAAGCAGCUCCCAGAGCAUCUUCCAUCCAAGCACCAGGAACGUGUGCCCCUGUGGAUGGCCCGCCAACAGUGCAAUGAGAUGGAGGCCGUUUGGAAGACUGAUGUGGCCUCCUCCAGUCACCCAAUAGAAAAGAAGACCCCGACCAGCCUGUCCUGGGACCAGCUAGGAGGGUGCCCGGAUGUUCCCCGGCUAUUGGCAUUGGAUGUACAUUCUUCCUACCAUAAAAGCUUGAUGUCCCUCAAGGCAUGGUAAGAUGCAGUUUGGGUGGUUAAUCUGGAUUCAGGGAGACCUGACCACAAAGGCCGGGGCCAGAGUACACACUGUACUAUCUCUGUCCAGCAGCCCAAG